AUGCCUUAAUGGUGGCUUUUGGAAUGGGUAUAAGUGCCACUGUUCUGAUGGAUUCUAUGGGGAAUUCUGCCAAUUCCCGAUAUGCCAGAAUGGGGGCACCUGGAGCAAUGGAUUCUGCUUGUGCCCUGAGAACUUCCAGGGAAGCGAGUGCCAGGAGGCCAAGGACAGCAUCGAGGUCAAAGAUGUGCUGCUGGAUGCUGCGGUGGGGAUGAAGACCAAGAUUGAUAACCGGGAAUUCACGACCGAGCUCCAGGACAAAUCCUCGCCAGCUUUCCAGGACUUUGAGAAGGAGUUCAAGGAGCAGAUGAGAGACCUCUACAAGCAUAUCGAGGGCUAUCAAGAUGUGGUGAUCCAUGAACUGACCCAGGGCAGCAUCGUGGUGAACUACACGGUGCUCCUGAAGGUCCCUGCAAGCACCAACGCCAAUGAGACACUGAAGACCAUCUCCGAUGACCUCAUCAACACCAUCACCAACUCCACCACCUGCAGUGAGGACUGUGAAGGACCCAACUGCUCUUUCUGCUUCAAUGCUGGGUUCACCAACAUCACCAGCUACGAGGUGGAAGAGGUUGAGAAGAGUGUCUGUGACAGCCUCAAUCUGAACGAAUUCAGUUCCUUUUAUUCCCCACUCCUCACGGCCACCGGCGUCAUCUGCAUCACCAGAUGUGACCAGCGAACAACCGACCCCCUCCCCUGCGUCUUUGGCACUUGCAAGGUGCUCAAAGAAGGACCAGAGUGCAUGUGCUCGGAGAAGGCGGCGUUUUGGUACCAGGACAAGGCCUGCAGCUCACGGAUCAGCAAGGUUGGGGUGGCCAUAGGGGUCCCAGUGACAGGGCUGGUGCUGGCCAUCGGCAUCUUCACCAUCUUCCUGGUGCGGGCAAGGAGGCAAAAGGAGAUGUACAGGCAAGUGGGGUGGGGAUAAGGAGCUGUCCCAUAGGAGCAGAUCCGGUUCUCAUCUGUCUCCAUGGCACCAUGCAGGGAUAAGUUGACGUCCCGCUCGGAGCUCUACUGCAGCAUCGAUGAGAGCUGGAGCAGCCCCCAGGGCUUUGCCACCAACAAUCAAGGAAUCAUGCUGGAAGAGCUGGAGACCCCCAGCACCACCCAGAUUUACCUGGAGAAGGUGGACACCUCACAGAAGAUCCACAUACAGAAGCCAUCCCAGAUCAUCAUCCCUUGAGCAGAAGAACCCAAGAGCCAUGGGUGAGGAAGCACCAGGACAUCUCCCACUUUCCUCCCUGCAUGGUUCUAUCAACCCCCUGUUUGUAGUUGAAUAAAGCGGUUAUUCUAUUGUC